AUGUUCCACCACUCCAACUGCGGAUCUCGGGCAGUCCCGGGUGUCUCAAAAUCACUCACCACACCCCAGCGAGCAGUGGCAGGGCGGGGACGGGGAACAAAGGAUGCUGACGCUGAGGUUGCUGGACAGGAGGAGCGGUCGGGAGCGGAGGCUGCACCGGCAAAACCGACGGCGGUAGAGGAGGAGAUGCGGGAGGAAGGACAGGCGUCGGCUGCGCUGCCGGCGCUGGCGGCGGCGCAGGAACGUGCCGAGGGGGAGGAAAUGGACUCGGCCUCCAAGGCUGAUGGCGGGGACGCCGGGGAUGACGGAAGGGCUGACCCUGCGGGUGGAGAUAGUACGGCGUUCGACCAAGUGGUGGGUGAUACACAGGGCCUCGGGAGUCCGGGGAGGAACGCCGAUCACGUCCCGAUCCGCCGCUCGAUUCGGCUUCAACCAAGUCCGCGGCGGCUCAGAGCAGGGCUGGCACCUGGCCUCCCUGGACCCCUUCAGCGGUGGGAGUGCCAGACUUACCCACCACGACCUCACGGCGAGGGGCCUUUGCGGCCUUGCCCGUCAUCGGCAGGAGCGGAGGAGGAGGAAGCGGGCGAGUUGCCAGAAGAGGAUGAAGGUUUGCGACCGCCAAGUGCGGUGGGAAGGACGCGAGGAAGGACACGAGGCCGAGCACAGGGGUGCGCAGGGGUGCGGGGAUGGGGGCAACGGGGAGUGGCGGCCAACGCGCGAGAACGAGUCAGAUCCGGUCCAUGGCGGGAAAGGCACGGGAGGCCAGAGGUGGUGCCAGAGGAGGGGAUCGCUGAUAGGCCAGCUGCUGCUGACAUCGAGGAGGAGGAGGAGGCUCAUAUGGCAUCGGAGGAAGGAGAAUCGGAAGAGGUCUCACUGGAUGAUGAGCCUGGGGUGGGUAACCACCAGGGGAACGCCCGAUCUGGGAGAUCAGGAAGGGGAGGAAAUGGGAGGGCAGGAGAGGAGCAACAGCACAGGGAGGCGCCAAACGAGGCCCCAAUAGGCCAACCUGCUGGCGCGGAAGUGAGAGACAUGCGCUCUCCCGAAGUGAUAGCUAGGGACGAGAACAUCAGGCGACAGGUGGCAGAAUGGGAGGUUGACUGCCAGCGAAGCAGUGAACAACCCUUCCUGGCAAGGAGAAUGUCACCUGGAGUGGUGGAUUCAUUUGCAGCGUGCCUCGUCAUCCCGCUCCAGCGACUGAGAAAAAAUCCUACGUGCCCGGGAGCUUGGAGGGCACUCCUCUUUUUGCCACGGUUGACACUCCGCGCCGACAUUGAUCCCAACUGCGCAAAUCACUGGUAG